GCUUCCUGUCUACCCUGGCUCUCCAAAAAUGGCGGACACGUGUGGCCAAGUAUUGCUGGGAUCAGGGCUCACUGUCCUCUCUCACCCUUUGAUGUACAUCAAAGUCCUGAUCCAGGUAGGACAUGAGCCGCUCCCUCCCACCCUGGGCAGGAACCUGUUUGGUCGACAAGUCUACCAGCUGCCUGGACUGUUUGCUUAUGCAAAACAUAUCAUCAAAGUUGAUGGAAAAGUGGGUCUCUUCAAAGGACUUGGUCCCAGACUCUGUGCUGGCACCAUUGGCACUGUGGUGCACAGCAGAGUUGUGCAGAAAUGUCAGGAACAAGGCACAGCUCAGGUACUGGGUGGCCAGCAGAAGGCUGUGGAGGGCUCCCUACAGCACGUUGUUAACGAGACAACCAAAGAGAUGAUAGCUCGUUCCUGCGCCACGAUCGUCACACAUCCCUUUCAUGUGAUUACUUUGCGUUGUAUGGUCCAGUUUAUUGGCAGAGAAACAAAAUACAGUGGGGUGUUUGACUCCAUCGUCACAGUCUACAGAGAAGAAGGCAUACUGGGCUUCUUUGCUGGUUUGAUUCCUCGUCUGCUCGGUGACGUUCUGUCCCUGUGGAUUUGUAACCUGCUGGCGCACCUCAUCAAUACGUACGCCAUUGAUGACUCGAUGAGUCACACUGGAGAAAUCAAGAACUGCUCUCAGGCUGUGACGGGGUUCUUUGCCAGUAUGCUCACAUACCCUUUUGUUUUGGUGUCAAACCUCAUGGCUGUCAAUAACUGCGGGCUCGCUGGAGGCCUGCCACCUUAUGCAUCAGUAUAUCCCACCUGGGUGGACUGCUGGAGGCAUCUAAGCAGAGAGGGCAACAUGAGCAGAGGCAACAGUUUAUUUUUCCGGAAGCUUCCGGCGGGAAAGAUGUACGCGAUUGACCAGAAGAGAUUUUUUUAAAGCCUCAAGAGAACUUAGCUGAACAUAGUUGUGAUAAUAAAACAUAAAAAAAAAUCAGCAUUGCUUGAUCUCGGGGGGGAGGGGGAUGACAGGUGGCACUUAAUUUUUUUGUAUGCACUUGUUUACUCAGAGGGUUUUUCCUUAACAACCUGCAAUCAUGUGAUAAAAAAAAACAACCUUUAGUUUCCAGUUAAUUUCCAGCAGGUUUUGUUUAUUAACAGAAAUUUAGAGACAAUGAGUUGGAACAUGAAAACGUUUCUUUUUAACCCACAUGUAAAAUACUGAUGGAGGACGGCUCAUGCUGUCUCAAUCAUGUUGUGACAGACCCAUGUGUAAGUGCCGCCCUUCCCCAGGUUUUUUUUAUAUACAUUAUCCUUCAAUAAUGACUCCACCUCAUCCAUGGAUGGGAUUUGUUUGUUGAAAACAGCACUUAAGUCUGCAUGUGGUAACGUCUACUAAUUCACAUGUUAAUGAUCAAGUGGGACCUCUUGUCAUGUGAUCUUGUCUUGUUAAUUAUUGUUAACGCUCACAGCUGGGCGGGCCUGUAAUGCUAAUGAACAGGAGCUGAGAGACUGUGUGGUGGUGGUGGGUGUCCGGCAGCAUGGAGAAGACCCUGAGGUGACCACCACCUCUCAACUCUGAACAGUCAAGUGCUUGUAUCAACUCAUUCUGACUGACCCAAAUAAAAACAGCUUUUUUUGACCUUGUU